UAUAAAGUAUUAUUCAAUAUGAGAUAUUUUAUUGUAUAAUUCUUUUUUCGCUUAUUGUCGCUUUAUAUUUUUGUUGUAUAAUCAUAUUAUAUUUACUAUUUUUAUUAAGCGUAUAGAUUCAUUAAUAUAUAAAAUAGUAUUAUGAAUUAAAAGCAAUAUUAAAUGUUAAAUUAAUUUUUCUUAUGACAUCUUUUGUAAGCCUCACAAUACAUAGAUUUCUAUCUUAACUAAUAUCUAUCAUCAACCAAAUUAAAGCACACAUCCAGCAAUAUGGCGAUCGUUUAGCUUCGAGAACAAGAGCCGACCUAGAGUGACCCUACUGUAUUUACCUAUACUGUGUCUAUAGUUUACGUCACGUGUAAUAUAGAUUUUCAAUAUUGAACACAGUGAAUAUCUAUGUGUGAUGCAGAUAUUGAGAUAUUCCCACUUCCGAUGAUACAAGGAGUUUAAUGAUCUUGUUCUCUAUUCUUUACUUCUAUAUAUGGUUAGGAAAUGCUUUAAAGUUUUGAAGAGGAAAAGUGAAUUAAACUGUGGUGUUUUGUCUAGCCAAGACAUAGAAAUCCGUAUAAAAGAAGAAAAUAAUAAAAUGGAGGCUGUACUUCAACAAAAAGUCAUAGAUGUUGCCAACCAUGUUGAGCAGCAAUUGGAUGCAGAGUUGGAGAAAUUAGAUAAUUUGGAUAUAAAUGAUUAUGAGAAGAUACGUGCACACAGAUUAAAUGAACUAAAGCAAAUGCAAAAACAAAAACAGAAUUGGCUGUCUUUGGGUCAUGGAGAAUAUACAGAAAUAUAUGAUGAGAAAGAGUUCUUUGAAAUAUCCAAGAAGUCAGAAAAUAUCGUUUGUUUAUUUUAUAAAGAUGAUUCUCAACGAUGUAAAAUUGUAGAUUAUCAUUUCAAGAUUCUUGCAAAAAAACACAUUGAAGCAAGAUUUUGUAAAUUAAAUGUUGAAAGAUGUCCAUUUUUAACAGAACGAUUACGGAUUAAAAUUAUACCUACAAUCACGCUAAUUGUGAAUGGUAAAACUAAGGAUUAUAUUGUAGGCUUUACUGAAUUAGGGAAUUGUGAUGAUUUUUCUACAGAAACACUGCAGUAUCGUCUUGCACAAUCUGGUGUAAUCAAUUAUGAUGAUGAUUUGCAUCUUUCAGAAACUGGCAAAAAGUCAUUAAGCCUAUUUAAACCUUCAAAGCCUAAGACCAUUAAAGGACGCAAUUUGGAUGAUUCUGAUGAUGAUUAAAGCUAUAUUUAAAUAUGAAAAUUUAUACAAAUUUUUCUUUAUGCAUUUACUUUAUGCAUUAAAUUUAAUUAUUAUGCUUUUCUUGUUUAAUAGUAUGAAUAUUUCUGAAUAUUUCUUAUAAUAAAAAAAAAUUAAUGUGUUCUGUAUUCUAACACAUUUGGGAUUAUUUAUAGCACAAUAGCUAGAAUUAUAAAUAGCGCCAAUUUUUAUUACUAAUUUCUUUUUAUUUUUGCUUAUUUAUGAACACAUUCUAAAUUAUAUUUUUGUAUCAAAAUAAAUUUAUGAUAAACUUUCCACAUGUAAUUUAAAUUCUAUUGAAAUAAAGUUGUUUUAUACCAAUUGUAAUAAAAA